GAUUCUCCCCUCUUUAGCGCCCUCUCCGAAUCUGGCCGAAGUGGGCCGAAGCGUCAACGAAGUCAGUCCGCCAUUUUGAUUCCAAACUGUCGGCGACGAGGGCGACGCGAACGACCCACCCAGUGCUGCGGUAAACGGGCGAUUGAACCCUCCACUAUUACUGGGCUCCGUUGCAGCCGCGUCAAAAGACGGAUUCGUUUCGUUGGGGUGAAAAGUCACUAAAAUUUUGUGAUAAAGUGUGCAGCGAAAUUAAAAGUUCGAAAUGACAAGGCUAUUUCUGUCCGUUUUUAUCGGGCUAUUCCUCGUCUAUAGCACAGAGGGAGUGUCGGAAAGACUAGAAUUGGCGCCGGCAGGUGGAAGGUGGGAACCGCAGGUUGCGACACUCUGCGAAGCAGGUGAAACCUAUUUGACCCAACACAUCGGUGAUCAGGGUAGAUGGGUGUCUUCGACAGAUAAAAAAGGCUGCCUGACGGACAAACUAGAAAUUCUUGAGCACUGUAAACAGGCUUACCCCAACCGAGACAUAACGAACAUCGUUGAAUCUACGCACUACGUGAGAGUGAGCGGAUGGUGCAAACCUGGGAGAACAAAGUGCAAGCUCUCGAGAUGGGUUCGCCCCUACAGAUGCCUAGAGGGUCCUUUCCAAAGUGACGCUCUCCUCGUACCUGAAGGAUGUCUGUUUGACCACCUCCAUAACCAUACGAAAUGUUGGGAGUCUCACAGGUGGAAUUCUACCGCCGCCGAUACGUGCCGGGAACGGAACAUGAAUCUCCGGAGCUUCGCGAUGCUUCUACCUUGUGGAAUUUCACUAUUUUCCGGUGUUGAAUUUGUCUGCUGUCCCAAACACCUGAAGGAAAAUGCGAAACCGAAAAAGCCGAUUGACCUUCCGAUCCCUAAGGGUGUCGAUGAGGAUCUUGAUGAGGAUGAAGACGAUCUAGACGACGAGGACGACUUGGCCGAUGAUGAUAGCGACUCAGACUGCGAUCUGGAAGAUGUUCUCAGCGAUCAGACUGACGAAGAUGAAAGUGACGAGGAGUACGUCGAUGACUACGACACCACGACAAGUCGUCCAGCGACGACGGUGUCAACAACCGAAAAACCGGAAGUAACUCCCAUGCCGCUUCCGGUGAGCUCGAGCACUCUUCAACCCUCGCAGCCUCAUGCGACUCCUGACCCUUAUCUGACUCACUUUGACCCAAGAUCAGAACAUCAGAGCUACAAACAAGCGCAGAUGCGGCUAGAGGAGGUUCACAAGGAAAAAGUUACUAAGGUGAUGAAGGAUUGGAGUGACCUUGAGGAAAGGUACCAGGACAUGAGAGCACGUGAUCCGGUUGCUGCUGAUGCUUUUAAGCGAAGAAUGACCGCGAGAUUCCAGGAAACUGUUGCCGGUCUUGAAGCGAGUGGGGCUGCAGAAAAACACCAGCUUAGCGCUAUGCAUCAGCAACGCGUUCAAGAAGCUGUAAAGCAAAGGAAUGAGGAAGCUAUGGCCUGCUAUACGGCGGCGUUGAACGAAACUCCACCGAACAUGCACCGUAUCCAGAAAUGCUUGCAAAAAUUAUUAAGAGCAUUGCACAAGGAUAGACAUCAUACAAUAGCACAUUACAAACAUCUUUUGGAUAGCAGUCUUGAUCAAGCGCAAAGGGAGAAGCCCGCGACUUUGGAACAUCUUGCUGAGAUUGACAGAAUUACUAAUCAGAGCCUCUUGAUGUUGGAGCGAUAUCCUGAGUUGAGCGCCAAGAUUGGACGUCUGAUGGACGAUUAUGUUUUGGCAUUGAGGAGCAAAGACGAAACACCCGGACUUCUUCUAGCCAUGACAAGAGAAGCCGAGGCAGCUAUCCUGGAUAAAUAUCAAGCUGACGUAGCCAACAAACAACAAGAAAAAGAACAUCAAAAACAGUUGGAGAGAGAACGUAAAGAACAGCGUAAGGCUGAACGCGGAGAAUUGCGCACCGAACAACAACAACACGAGGAAGGUAACCCAGUUGUAGAGAAGAAGGAUGCUCCGCAACAGCUAGAAAUUCCUGCUGCCGGUGCCGCUAUGCACAAUGAAGGCAUCGUCAGAGCAGCUCACAGCAUGACUCACGAGAACUCUCAUCCUGAAGCGGGCUAUUCUGUGAGGCGUGAAGUAUAUCACCGGGAGAGUCGUUCUGUAUACUUUACUCUAGCAUUUGCUGGGAUUGCACUGAUGGCUGCUGCGGUCGUGGGCGUCGCAGUUUUCAAGAGACGCAGUGCCAGAAGCCCUCAUAGCCAGGGAUUCAUUGAAGUGGAUCAGGCAGCGACUCCUGAGGAACGACAUGUAGCUAAUAUGCAGAUUAACGGCUACGAAAAUCCUACCUACAAAUAUUUCGAGGUCAAAGAAUAAUUCAUUCGAUUUGCAAUAAGAAAAUUGGUCGAUGUACCACCUUUUAAUCACUUUAACGUACUUUCUUUAUGAGUCUCAACAUUACGUUAGAAUGGGAUAGGGUCCUUCUUAACAACGUGGUUUAGGCCACACAGCGGCACCGACAAUGACGAUAAAUAACCACUCGAACGUACUGAUGUUUCGUCAGAAUGGGUCUUGAUAGUGAUUGCUGGUAGCACUUGCUCGGUGUAAACCACAUGAUAAGAUGCUUCUAUGGUAACUAAAUCGUUUACAUUAACAACAAAAUUGCAACUGAGCUAAUCCCGACUCUCAUGACACCCGUGUUGUUGAUUUAAACUGGACGAAUACUCGAUCACUCUCUGGGGUCCCAUAAGAUCAAAUGUUUCCUUGGUUCUUCUACUAAGAAUGCAAAAGAAAGAGCGUUAGUCACCUGUAUCAUAAUAUAAGUCUAGUUUUUGUGUUUCCACAGGAUUUCCCACGUGAGUACGAAAUCCAAGUUUGUUUUAAGUGUCAUACAGAUUAUGCAAGUUUUUAAGUGAUUAGUAAUAUUUUUGUAAAAAUGGUGACACCAUUCAUCAUUCGAAAAAAUAUCAAAAUAAUGUUCCAUUGAAUCAAUUUCUUUCAUCGCUCGAAGCCAUUGUAUUCUUAGGUUCUGAUAUUUUUUGGGUGUGUGGCAUUGCGCAACGGAGACGCAUCGGUACGUGCAGCUUUUAAUUGUAGCCUAAUGGGAAGAAAAUAUGGCGUAGCAGCUUACUGCAGCAGAAUAAAUUAACAAUAUUAUCAUACUAUAACCGCAAUUAAAAAUAAUAUACUCUUAAAAUAUCAGAACAAUGCAAUUGAUUGUUGACUCGCUCAUUUUUUUUUCUUAAUUCCCCACUGCCUUUUUUUUAGUAAACUCUCAGUACUUAAUAUCUUCUUAGACUUAACUUAUCACUUAAGAGAUAACAAAAAAAAUCACUAACGUAUUUAAAGUUAACAGAAAAAAAAUUCUAUCAUUCCAAGCAAAGGUCCACUGUUUUCGAGGUGCUUGUGACAUAAUAUGGAGAAUAUUCGAGAGUCUUAUUCGAUUUCCUUGAAACCUUCCAUAGAUGAAUUUUCAAAAAAGUCAUGCCAAGACUCUCGAGUAAGAGGAACAGAUAAAACGGAGUUAUUUUGAAUGGCAUAUACCUCUACCUACGUCGAAAAAGUGGUGGCUGUUGAAGCAAGUAUUUCUUUUUUUUUUUUGGAAAUCGUUCAUACAAUAACUAUCUUAGGAGAUUAAUAAUUACUAAUUAUACAUGAUGAUAAUAUAUUACACGUUUAAUGCUUAUAUAUUUGUAUAUGAACAAGAAAUAAUGACGCGCGCUUUGACCGAAAUUACUAAGUAUAAAUUACAUUAAAAUUCAUUAGUAGUAUUUUUAAACAGACAAAACGUAUUUAUCUGUGAGCUCUUGAAGGUCCAGGGGACCGAAAUAAAAAUCCUACGUACACACACUAUGCCUAAAUUUGGGAGCAGGCGUGCAGAUAUCACAAAUAAAAUUAGAAAAGGCGGAAGCAUUGAGAAAAAACUGUUUACGCAUCUGUAGUUACCAAAAUUCAUUUAUCGCAGUUUCAGACUCCAGUAUGACAACUUAUUCUGCUCUCGUAGGCACAUUGAGAAUCCGUCUUCAGGUAUCUUUACAAACGAUGAAUAUAGAAAUUCUGUGUCACCAUUGCGAAAUGAAUGAUUAUCGCGUGAUUUCGGUGAAAUGGCAGCUUACCAACACAUGCAACUACACACACACAUACAUACACUUACACACCGCUAAAUGUUAUAAAUAUUAUUUUAGAUAUAUUAAGAUGAUAGCAAUUACCACGUGAGUGUACUAUGAUGAAAAAAUACAACAAAAUAGCAUCAAUAACAUUAAUAAUAAUGAUACAUAUGUAUUAAAUUAAUUAUAUAUUAAUUAUGUACUUAUAGCAUAUAGCCGUUAUACAUUGACACGUCAUCGCAUGUAAACUCUGCUCGGUGAUGGCUCACAGAUAAUGGAGAAUUGGUAACCACUUUGUGAUUGUCUAUAGUAGACCGCGCGGCGACAAACCAGACCUAUUUAUCACGAAAUGUACUACCUAUUAACAAUAUGUACGUGACUACCAUGUUACAAUAACUGUCCCAUCUAUAAUGUAUUGUCGCAAUAGAAAUCCCCAGCUAGUGGAAGAUGAAAAUCUUUUUAUUACCGACUCAACCGUAAAGACAACUUUUUUUACCUGAAAGGUGGGAUUAAAGUUGAAUCUGAUUCCCUACUAUAUUUUUCUCCGGCAUUUUACGAAGAAAAGUAAAUUUGUGGGACAAAAAGUAAAUUAGCGGGACGAAAAGUGGUCUUUACAUUUGGGUGGUGAAUAAAGUCCUAUAUGCAACCAGGAAUAAAGCUAAUCAUUCCCUCGGGUAACAGUCGUCCGCGGGAAUAAACUGCAGCUUUAUUCUCUUGUUGCAUAAUGUACUAUUUCCAGCUGCUGAUUUGUAAUCGUUUAGUCGAAUCGAAUAAAACGGAUAAAUAAACGAAUAAACUUCCCAGGUUGAUAGCGAAGACAAUUACCAACGUUUUGUUUUAAACGAUGCCUAGAGAAAUAGGAAUUAUCAGUAUUAGCGGUCAGGGCAUAUCAAUAAAUGAUCCGAGGUAAAGGGAAAAAAGUUCUUAUUUUUCAAAUACUGUGAGUCACUGACGAGCUAUCCUAUAUAAGUUUAAGAAUUGAUUUUUGUAAAGAGGUAAUAACUAUAUUAUUAAAUAUGGAAGAAAUAAUUGACUUAGUUUAAAAAUCACGUGAGAUGAGAGAAAAGAAUAUACGUCCUUUAGUAGAAGUCCAGAUUCGAGUAAAAAUAUAAAAAGCAAAACAAAAAAAAAA